CCCCGGAUCUUGCGUUCGUCGUCUCACGCGUGCUACGUCUCCUUGCUUGCUCUUCGUCAGGUCACUGGCAAGUUGAGAGAGCGUCUAGACGUCUCUGUUGUACUCUUCGUCACGACAGGAAGCCACAGUACCCAUCCCAUCUAUCCAAAGGCUCGCGAUCUGCGACCAUGCGUCCUACCGUCCGCUGCCUCCAGCUCAACCUCGAGCGCCUCGCGUCCCAGCGACACAAGUCCACCAGCUUCAUUGGUCUCGGACGCAUGGGCUACGAGAUGGCCUUUAAUCUCUUCUCCAAACAGCACGCACUAGCAAGCGACUCGCACUUUGUCGUCUGCGAUGCCGUACCCAGUAGCGCGGCACGCUUCCGGGACGCGUUCAUGGAGCAGUGCCCGGGCGCACAGUUGGAGGUGGCGAGGGAUCCGGGAGAAGCCACCCUCGCCUCCCAGACCAUCAUCACCAUGCUCCCCGCUUCCCCACAAGUCCUAGACGUCUACCACACCGGCAUCCUUCCCGCCCUCCGCACCCUCCCCCGCGAGGCCGCCGCCGCAACCUUCUGCAUCGACUCGACCACGCUCGACGUCGCGGUGGCAAGACAGAUUUCGUCCGAGGUCUCCAACCUGCUCCCCUCGUCCAGCUCGUCACGCCCUUCGAUUAAUACGACGGAAGGCACUUCGAUCGGUCCGACGAAAGGCCCUUCGAUGAGUACGACGAAGGGCCCGCAGAUGGUCGACGCUCCCGUCUCGGGCGGCGUCACCGGCGCGAAAGCGGGCACCCUGAGCUUCCUCGUCGGCGGCGAGGCGGACGCGUUCGCGCGCGCGAAGCCAAUAUUGGAGCUUAUGGGCAAGAGGGUGAUACAUUGUGGCCCGGCGGGGGCGGGGCUGGCGGCGAAGAUAUGUAAUAAUCUCGUCCUCGGCGUGCAGCAGAUCGUCACCGCCGAAGCCAUGCUGCUGGGCCAGAAACUCGGGCUCGACCCCGCGGUGCUGGCGGCGGUGAUCGGGUCCUCGACGGGGAGCUGCUGGAGCGUGAAUGUGAACAAUCCGGUGCCAGGCGCACUCCCGGAUAAGGCCCCGCCGUGCGAGCGCGCGUACGAGGGCGGGUUUGCGACGGCGUUGAUGUUGAAGGACAUGGGCCUCGCCACCACCGUCGCGCAGCAGACAUCGACACCCACCCCCCUGGGCGAGGCCGCGAGCGCGAUAUACGCGAAGGUCGUGGCGGAGAAGCCCGAGUUGGCGGGGAAGGAUUUUUCGGCGGUGUAUGAGUGGUUGAGGGAGGAGGGGAAGGAGAAGGUGUGAAGUGGGGAGAGGGAGGAGGGGA